AUGAACGCGUUUAAGAAGGAACAAAAGAAGAAGAAGAAGAUGAAGACGACGACAACCGCGGAAGAAGAGAGGGUGUUAAUGGAUGAUGGAGAGAAAAAGAGAGAAGAGGCAAAAGAGGUGAAAGUGUUCGCGUUCGACGGGAAGCGAACACUUUUUGGAGCCGCCGCCGAAAACAAGACGAACGACAACAUAAACAAGACUUUACUACGAAAGAGAAUAAACGUGAAACGCGAGAUGAAACGAUUCAUGGCGUCGGAGACGAAACGAAUCGUUCGAGAGGACGAGAUGGAAGAAGACGGGUUUGACGGGAAGAAGAAAAAGAAGAAGAAGAAGAAUGGAUUUCAGAGCGAGGAAGAUGCGAAAAGCAACAACAACAACAACAACAACGACGACGCGAAAGACUCGAAGUUUGGCAUGAAACACAUGCGUCGCGAAGUGCGAGAUUUCGGGAUCAAAGGCUUGAACAAGUGGGACAGGAAGGAGUUAGAGAAUGAAAAGCUGAAAGAGUUGGGAAUGAAACCGUCGAAAGGGAUACGGAUUCCCGCGACUAUCGGCGUCGGACUUUGGAAGAAGAACGAGCAAAGGAACGAAGAGAAGCGGUUGGAUUUGUUUCGGCUCGGGCAUAAGUUAGAGAAGAAAGAGAGGAGGAAGAUGACGAAUAGCGAAAAGGAAGAGAAGAGAGAGAAAGAGAGCGACCGAGGAUUAGCGUGGGGCAGCUCUUGGUUUAAGAAUGGGAUUUUGAAAUUGAAGAAAGGGGACGUGAAGAAGAAUAAAGUAAACGUAGAUACGAAAGUACGACUGAGCGGGAAGAAUCGAGACGCGAAAGGGAGCGCGGGAGGAAAGAAAUCCAAGAAGGGCGCGAAAGGGAGCAAGAAAAGAGGUGCGGGAAAAAAGUCGAGUCGCGGGUGA